GCAAACCCUCCUCCACCAUAAAAGUCCCAGUAGAGCCGCAAUAGAGCCACGGCCAGAUCUAUCAUCUGGAGCAUCAUAUAUUGAUAAGGCCGGUCCUUGCGCACGAUAUCCUAGUUCGACAAUAUUCAUGAAAAUUAUCCUCCUCGCAGCUUAUUUACCAUCGUCUCCCUUCACACACCAUAAUGGGCAAGAAACCAACAGCUCCGGCAUACGUGCUUGGCGUGAGCAUGACCAAGUUCAUCAAGCCCCGUGGCAAGGUUGAUUACAAUGAACUCGGGUUCGAGGCUGGUGUAAAGGCAAUGCUGGAUGCGAAAAUUAACUAUGACGAUGUGGACCAAGGUGUUGCUUGCUAUGUGUACGGUGAGAGCACCUGCGGACAACGCGUGUUCUACCAGUUCGGGUUGACCGAGAUCCCUAUUUACAACGUCAACAAUAACUGCUCCACUGGCUCUACUGGUUUGGCGAUGGCCCGUACCAUGGUCUCCCACGGCGCUGCCGACUGUGUGCUUGUUGUUGGUUUCGAGAAGAUGAGCCCCGGGGCUCUCCCGUCGGUCUACAACGACCGUGCCAAACCUACUGGCCUCAUCGGUAUGAUGAUGGCGGAUACGCGUGGUGUGACCAACGCGCCUGGUGCGGCCCAGAUGUUCGGUAACGCUGGUCGUGAAUACAUGGAGAAGUACGGGGCCAAAGCGGAACACUUUGGCGAGAUCGCUCGCAUUAACCACGAACAUUCCAAGCGCAACCCCUACUCUCAGUUCCAGGAUGAAUAUACCCUCGAGCAGAUCAUGAACGCACCCAUGAUUUAUGAACCCCUGACCAAGCUUCAGUGCUGCCCUACCUCCGAUGGCGCUGCCGCCGCUGUUAUUGUCUCUCAGGCUUUCCUUGAUGCCCGUCCCCACCUGAAGGACCAAGCUAUCCUCAUUGCCGGCCAGCAGCUCCGCACCGAUGACACCAGCGUGUACAACCGUAGCUCGAUUGACCUGAUGGGCUUUGGCAUGUCCCGGGCCGCCUGCCGUGCGGCCACUGCCGAAGCUGGCGUCAAUGUCAAGGACAUUAAGGUGUGUGAGCUUCAUGACUGUUUUUCCGCUAACGAGAUGAUCACCAUCGAUGCUCUGGAGCUGUGCGAGCCCGGAAAGGCCCACGAGAUGGUUGCCAAGGGUGACAUUACCUAUGGGGGAAAGAUGGUCAUCAACCCCUCUGGAGGCCUUAUCUCCAAGGGUCACCCCUUGGGCGCUACUGGUCUUGCUCAAUGCACCGAGUUGGUCUGGCAUCUCCGCGGCUGGGCUAACAACCGUCUGGUCGCUGGAACUGAUGCCUGCUUGCAACACAACCUGGGGUUGGGCGGUGCUGUUGUCGUAACUGUCUACAAGCGUGCAGAUGGCAAGGUUGCCACUGCUGUGCCGUCCGACGUUGUUGCCAAGAUCACUGGCCUUGGGUACAACCCGGCCGUCGAGGCUAAGGGCUUCACUGCCGAACAGGCGAAGCAGGUUUGCAGCAAGAAAGCUAGCGAUGCAUGGGCAUUGGCCGAUGUCCAGGAGAAGGUUAUCUCCCGGUUCUAAUGUCCUCAAUGUAUAUACCUGAAGACCCACUUAACUGUAAUGACUGUACAAUGACUAGCGACAGACUGAUUAGAUUUUUUUUUUUUUAUACACGAGUAUAACUAUGAACGAUAUAUAUGGUAUUAUGUAACCG